AUGCAGGAACCGUCGAUGGGACGGAACUCGGUUACGCCAAAGUACCACGGCACCGAGACGGAAGUUGGAACCUUCGUCUCCGACAACAAGGUACCUCUUGCUCUAGCGCAUCCCAUUCUGUCGGUGGAACACCGCAAUCUGGAUUUCUGGCCUCGGAUUGUCCCAGCAGCGGCCCCCAAGCAGCAUCACCAUCUACCCACCCAGCCUUGGAAGCGGAUUCAGUGUCGCAAGACCUUGCCGGAAAGCUCUUUAUCCUAUUCCCACAACCAAUGCCAUUUUGCCAUCCACGGAUACCAAGAAGUGCUCGCAAACUUCACUCCAACCACACGAACUGCCGAGGAAGAAAACCUUUCACGCCAGGUCUUCUUGGUUGUGGAUGCCUUGCCCACCCGUCUGUCCACCGCGCGCGUCACCGGUGUCGCAACGGCGAAGAACUUCGCGACCGAGGUCUGUCCGGUGCCACUCCGUUAA